AUGUUCUAUCCACCAGAACGCACGUAUCGUAAACCGGAGAACCAAUCAAAUGGAUGCGGAGUCAAGGAUAAGUCCUCCGACGGAAUCGUGGUAUCGUACCCCAAAAGUUCUGAGAACCCUGGAGAUAAUGGUAAUGCAGUAAUGAACAGAACACACAUCCAAAAGCCCCACCCACAGUACCACAGGGUCGAGCUAAUGAAUUGA